AUGCCCUCGAAAAUUAUCCUUGAAACACCUCCUACUGGAGAAGUCAACUUGGCCUGGGGCCAGGGUGACUCGACCUUUAAACUUACCGAGAACGAUUUGCCAACGUUGAACGAUGGCGAUGUUCGUGUCAAGGUGCUCUACUUGUCCAAUGAUCCAACUCAGAGAGGCUGGAUAGCUGCCAAUCAGGAUGCCCUGAGAACUUACUUCAAGCCAAUUGAGAAGGGGGAGAUCAUCCAGGCCCGUGGAAUUGGUAAGAUCUUGGAGUCGAAGCUGGCCAAGUACGCUGCUGGUGACUAUGUGCUGGGCCUGUUUGGCUGGGCUGACGAACAGGUGGUGCCAGACCUGACAUUGACGUUGAAGCUUGACCCUAACGCUGGUCUUCCUUUGCCUACUUACCUUGCAACAUUGGGAAGCAUUGGGUUGACGGCUUACUUUGGCUUGAAAGAGGUUGGAAAGCUUCAAAAGGGCCAAUCUGUGCUUAUUUCGGCUGCUAGUGGUGCUACGGGUUCUACUGCUGUUCAAUUGGCUAAACACCUUUUUGGAGCUAGCAAGGUCUACGGUAUAGCAGGUAGCGACGAAAAGGCUCGCUGGGUCGAGCUGCUUGGUGCAGACAAGUGUGUCAACUACAAGAAUCCAGGGUGGAAGGAAGAGCUUGCCAAGGAGUUCGAAACCGUGGACGUGUACUUUGAUAACGUCGGAGGUGAGACCUUGAGUUGGGCAUUGACUAAAGUUACCAGAUUUGGACGUGUCAUUGCCUGCGGAGCAAUUGCCGGCUACAAUGAUCCCACUCUUGCUAAGGUCACGACAUGGAGAGAAAUCACUUCAAACAGGUUGACCGUCCAAGGCUUCAUUGUCAUUGACUUUAAGGACCAAUUCCAGGAUGCCAUCGCCAUCUUGGCUAAGGCCAUAAAAGAAGGUUCACUUAAGGCAGAUGAAGCUAUCUCGGUGGUGGACUUGACUGGCGAAGAACAACCCUUAAAAAGCGUUCCUGUAACCUGGCACAAGUUGUUUACUGACAAACCUCGUGGCAAGCUCUUGACCAAAAUCGGCAAUGAGUAA